AUGGUACAAAAUAUUGAAUCAGAUCAGGAUUCGCAUAUACCCGAAAUCAGUCAGCUGCAAACAGGAAAUCUUUCAUUAAUUGCUGAUUCCUCUAAUUCUGAAAGAAAUAAUUCACCAAAUGAAGUAGAGGAUAUUUUCAACAUUCAGGGAGAUCUUGUCAAAGAUGAUGAGACAGUUUCGAAUGUGAAACAAUUAUCUAGUGGAUUGUAUAACGCAUUGAAACAGACUAUUAAUAAAUUUGACUCAGCAUUUUGUGAAUUGCAAACUUCUCAAAAGGAUCUACAGGAACAACUGAUCACUUUAGAUCAAGCACUUGGUCGUUUAGCAAAGAUUCAAGAUAGUCCUUUAGAUCUAGAACCUUAUACAAUUGUACUACAGGAGUAUAAACAACGUAUUUUAAAAGUACACAAUUCUUUACGUCAUUCACAGGACAGAGUCAAUCGUCUACGAAACAACUUGCAAACUAAACGACUUCAUUCCUGA